CACCUUCAAGAGUUGAUCCUUCUACGCCCAAAGAAAGAGUUUUCAAUUGCUCCUUUCCAACACUCUUGCCUUCCCCUUCGUCAGUAGCAUCGACGAGGAAAUUCCGCCCCACCGCCCGCAACAUCAGCUGCGCACUCAACUUCAGCAUAAAGUCCCAGAAAAUCUAGUGCCAGCCAAGAACUCAAAUCGAUUCGAUGCCAUAAGUUGAGCCUUUUCUUUUUAAACCCUAAUUCUUUGCUUGUUUGAUCUCACAAAUCCGAACUAUUUUGCAUUUAAUAUAUUUUUCUCAGGAGUGGAAAAAAAAAUAAUCUGAAGAAUCUUAUAAUCAGGGUUUUUCUUUUUUUUUUUCAUUGUUGUGCAUGGAACUUUUCUGCACCUUCUUGUAGAUUCAUUGAGAAAGAUUAGUUUUUGGACUGAUUUGCUGGAAGCCCAGUUCUCAGAUUGGUUCUUUCUGUCAAUUGGAAUAGUGGGUUGUGUACGUGUUCACCUUUUUGGGUGGGUUUUUUAUGAUCUAAGUUUCUUAAGUGAUGAAUUCUGAGAUGGGUUUCACAUUCUUGUGAAGGAUUAAUAAGGUUUUAAAAACCCCUUUAUUUGGGGGGCUUUGAAGAAGCUGUAUAUCAUGUUUGAUUAUUCCUGUGGAAAUUAUAGUACUGGGUUUAUAUAAUUUAGUUUGAAACACUCUGGAGAUAGAAGAGAGAAAGUAAAAAGGGGUUGUUAUAGAUGGGGAAGCCUUUGUUCUAUGAGAUUUUGGAAAAACCAGCCACAAGUUGUAUUAUAGGAAUAUGUAGUGCAAUAUGGUUUUACAUACAAAAGAAAAACAUUGGGUAUUCACAUGUGGGUUUGAGUUAUGAAACCGCCAUUGAAGGGCACCAUUGGAGGAUAAUAACUUCGGGUUUUUCCCAUAUAAGUAUUCUUCAUCUUGUUUUUAAUAUGAGUGCACUUUGGAGUCUGGGGGUAGUGGAACAGUUGGGGCAUGUCGGCCUUGGUGUGGAAUAUUAUCUUCAGUACACGCUGGUCUUGGUUGUAUUAUCAGGUGUGUUAGUUUUGGGAAUGUACCAUAUACUGAUUCAAAGAUUUAAGAUUGAGUAUUUUCGGAGAGUGACAGCUGUUGGAUAUUCUUGUGUCGUUUUUGGGUGGAUGACGAUUCUUUCCAUGAAGCAGCCUUCUUCAAAGUUGGAACUUUUUGGGUUUCUAUCGCUUCCAAUUAGUUUUGCGCCAUUUGAGUCGCUCAUUUUUACUUCAAUUAUCGUUCCACAAGCAAGUUUUCUUGGGCAUUUAUCAGGAAUUAUUGUUGGUUAUGCUAUUGCUUGGGGUUUAAUUCAUGGAAUGAACAAUUACUGGGCGGUUUCCAUGUUGGGCUGGAUUGUGCUUGUGUUUGUGUUUAGUUUGAAGCGAUCCGGUGCAUAUGAUUUCAACUUUCUUGAGAUUGAAUCUAUUACAGAUCCCUCCUUGCCUUCUGUGCGAUUUCUUGCAUCAGGUAAUGGUAGAACGUUGCAGAUGAGUGCAUUACCAGUUGGAGAUGUGGAACUUGUGUAAUUUUUAGUCAAGAUUUUUUCAUAUAAUUGAAUGUGGGCUUAACUCACUUUGGAGUUUUGUUUUUGUAUGAUUUUGAUUUGCCAAACUAUAUGAUUACAUAUAAAAGUGCUAUAAUGUCCACGAGUCAACAGAUUAUGUUGCCUUCUUUGGUAAUGCAAAGUUUUAAGGUUCAUCUCUUCAACUCAUUUGAGUGGCAGGUACAUGUUGGUGCUACUCAAUGCAUUACCGAAGUUUUCAAAUUAUGGUUAGUUAGCAAAAUAGGCUAUUGUCAAUUGGAUUUGUAGCUCUGCUUAGUUGAAUAGCUUCUACAGAAUGUUACCAUUGUUUUCUCUAAGAAAUGAAAGUGAAUUUGUUUGACUUUGAA